AUGGGAGUUCAAAAUUUCUGGCAAUUGAUCGAAUCGACCGGUCGACCUGUAAAUAUGAAUAAAGGCUUAGAAGGAAAAGUUCUCGCUAUUGAUAUCAGCAUCUGGCUUCAUCAAGCAGCAAAGGGCAUGCGUGAUCGGCAAAAUCCACAUCUAAUUUUGUUGUUACAUCGCAUUUGUAAAUUAUUGCAUUUUAAAAUCAAGCCAAUCUUUAUUUUUGAUGGAGGAGUACCGGAAUUAAAACGACGAACAUUGGCUGAGCGAAAACAACGACGAGAUGUUGCGGCGACAAAAGCAACAGAAGCUAAGAAUAAGAUCCGAACGAACUACUUGAAAAUGUUAGCUAUUCAGCAACUGAAAGGUGAACAAAUUGAAUCAAUUCCACCACUACCAUUCAUGGAUGAACAUGAACAAGAUCUAUUUGAACUGCCCGAUACACAUUUACGUUCACAACUGCCCGAUGAUGAGCAUGAGGAAGACGAAGAAGAUGAAAUUAUUGAAAAUACGGACAUGCAGCCGGUGACUAAAUUGAAACCGCAAAGAACAACAUGGUCAAAGAAACGUCCGAACGAUGCGUCAAGCUAUCAUUACGUGUUACCGAAUUUCGACGAACUGGACAAUAGUGCAUUGAACAAUUUACCUACUGAAAUGCAACAUGAAAUUCUAACUGAUAUGAAAGAAAGUCUGAAACGUGGCCACCGUCAAAUUGAAAAUAUGCCUCAAAAAAGCGAUGACUUCUCUGAUUAUCAAGUACAAAAGUUACUGAAACAAAAUAGCGUUUCGCAGAAGAUCUCUUCAUUGAACAAGGCGAUCAAGCGUCAAAAAUUUGAUAUUUCAUCGGAAUCGAAUGCAAGAGUCUAUGCUGGCAAGCUAGCAUCCGAUGCUAGCACACAAUACAUUCUGAUCAAAUCUGAUACUACACCGAAGGAUACUUCAACCACGCUAUCUCGAAUUUCAUCAACCUCAUCACUAUCGUCUUCGUUUAGUCGACAAUCGACCAAUGACUUUUGUGCUGAUAGUAUGAUGAAUCGAGAUCCGGUUUAUGGACUAACUCAACGAAAAAGUGUUACCACUGAAGUGAGCAAUCUUGAACCAUCACCUGUCAGGGAGCCGUCUCCACCAAAAGACCGACCGAUUAUUCUCGAUUUGUCAUUCAAUGAUGACAAGGAAUCUUCUAUAAAAGAGCCAGUCGUUAGAUCAAAGAUGGACGAGGAAGAACAACAUGAUAUAGAACUCGCAAUAAAACGAUCUUUAGAGGUUCAACAACAACAUGAACAAUCAAUCACAGCUAAGUCAAAUGCAAACGAUUCAUCAUCAGAUUCAGAUGAUUCCGAUUUUAUCGAUGUUCCGACAAUACCAAUAUCCACUGAACCCAUAUUUCCUCCGCAUUCACCAGUCGAAGAUAGUCACAAUAAUACGUCAUCGGAAUUGAUCGAACUUGACAAUGACGAUGAGAGUAGUCACAAUAGUACGGCCAUAGAAGAUAUUAAAAUGUUCAUUGACACUGAAAAAGAACAAUCAUUAGUAAAUGUUUCCGACACACAGACUCCCUCGACUUCUCAACUAGAAUCGUUGGAACAACUGCAGACUGAGAUAGUCGACGACAUAGCUGCGCAGUUAACAGCAGCACGUGGAAAUGAACGUUUGACAGCCACAUUAACUGACACAAUGCAUGAAGAUACUCAAUAUCUACUUCGUUUAUUUGGCAUACCAUAUUUGAUCAGUCCAACUGAAGCCGAAGCUCAAUGUGCAUAUUUAGACUUAUCAAAGCAAUGUGACGGUGUCAUCACCGAUGAUAGUGAUGUGUGGCUAUUCGGCGCAUCACAUGUCUAUCGACAUUUCUUCCGUCAGAAUCAAUUAGUUGAAUAUUACGAUACAACAAUUAUUUCGAAUCAAUCAGGUUUGGAUCGAGAAGCAAUGAUUGCUAUUGGCAUGAUUGUUGGCUCCGAUUAUACGAAAGGCAUUCCAAAUGCGGGUAUUAUGACUGCGUUAGAGAUUUUACAAGAAUUUCAUGGAACAUGUAUGGAACGACUAGAAAAGUUUCGACGAUGGUGGAAAAAAGCACAGAAACCGGAUUAUAAAACAGAUUCAAAAGUGUUGAAACGUCUGAAGAAUUUGGAACUUUUCGAAGGUUUUCCGAACAAAGCUGUAUAUGAUGCUUAUGUAAAUCCAAAGAUUGACUAUGAUCAGUCGAAAUUUACAUGGGCAAUGCCGCAACUCGAACUCAUUCGCGAAUUCAUCGGUAGUAAACUAAAAUGGGAUCGACGGAAAAUUGAUGAAAUGAUCUUACCGGUUAUCAAACGAAUGAACACGAAAGAAGUGAAUUUAUUGUUUUCUACAUUCGUGUAUUCAUCUGGUUUUUCUUCACAGGUUCAAUCUCGAAUUGAUUCGUUUUUCGCUCCCUAUUCGUUUGAAAGUACUUCGCAUUCGAUUCGUAAAAACACGCGUUUACAAGCUGCAUUCAACAUACUCAAACAGAAAACUCAAGAAGCAAAAGAGCUCGAUCAAGAAGCAAUUCUCUCGGAUGAGAAUGAUGACGACGCACCUAUUCCUGAAAAAGCACAACCGAAAAAACGAACACGAGUUAAAACUACUAAACUAAUGGAUGAUGUUCUAGGUGUGGCGGAAAAAACUAAACGUCGGUCAAAGAAGAAACCUACAAUUACUUCUCCGUGUUUAUCUGAUGAUGACACUUCGUAA